AUGCGUGCACCUCUAAUUUUUACAUUCUGUGUUGUAUAUUGUUCAUCAAGUUUGUUGCUUGGAAUUGAGCUGGUAAAAACUACAAGCUUUGUUCAUCCCGGUGGCAUCCAUCCUCAAGAACAGUUAGACUUUGUAAAAGAAAAAGUUGCUCAAAAAGAACAACCAUAUUUCAAUGCAUAUCUCCAAUUACUCAACAAGACUGCACAAGCAUAUGCAUCGAAUGAAUCCGCUUGA